AUGGCAUCAAGAAAGAAGGUCCUCCUCAAGGUCAUCAUCCUUGGUGACAGUGGUGUCGGAAAAACCAGUUUGAUGAACCAAUAUGUCAACAAGAAGUUCAGUGGAAGCUAUAAGGCCACCAUCGGAGCUGAUUUCCUCACAAAGGAAGUUCUCGUCGACGACCGAUUGGUAACAAUGCAGAUCUGGGAUACCGCCGGUCAAGAAAGAUUCCAAUCAUUGGGUGUCGCUUUCUACCGUGGCGCCGACUGCUGCGUCCUAGUCUACGAUGUGAACAACUCCAAGAGUUUUGAGGCUCUCGACAGCUGGCGGGAUGAGUUCUUGAUCCAGGCAAGCCCCAGAGAUCCAGAGAGUUUCCCAUUUGUCGUCAUCGGUAACAAGAUCGAUGUGGAGGAGAGCAAGCGGAUGAUCUCCUCAAAACGCGCCAUGACCUUCUGCCAGUCUAAGGGUAACAUUCCUUACUUCGAGACUAGUGCUAAGGAAGCAGUCAAUGUCGAGCAGGCUUUCGAAGUCAUCGCGCGGAGUGCACUUGCGCAGGAAGAGGCCGAGGAAUUCAGCGGUGAAUUCAGCGAUCCGAUCAACAUUCACUUGGAUAAUGAUCGCGAUGGAUGUGCCUGUUGA